UGUUUAGCGAGGCACCAGGUAUUCCACGAACGUAGCAAGCACAUAGAUGUGCGGCUACAUUUUGUGAGAGAAGAGGUGGAGAAAGGUAGGGUCAGAUUGUUCAAGGUGGAUACAAAGGAGAACCCUGCGGAUAUGCUGACAAAGCCGUUGACAAGAGAGAAAUUUGAGUUUUGUUUGGAGUUGGUUGGCUUGCAGAGAGCCACAAUUCCAACUGGUCAAUGAAGGUGGAGAUUUGUGAAGACAUUAAUUGCUCAGUUGCAAUUUGUUGGUAGAUUGUGAUAGCUCGGCAGUUCGCGCACCGAGUUCGGCAAGUUCGGCAAGUUCGCCAGUUCGCAAGUUCGGCAGUUCGCAAGUUCGGCAGUUCGGUAGUUCGGCAGUUCGGCAACAAGCUCGGCAGCUCCGUGAUCUGGAGAGAAAGAUCAAAACAUGAAGAAGAGCUCGGCUGCUAUGACAACUCGUUUUAACAGCCAUUAGAUCUGGUUGGUAGUCAAGAUUUAAUCCUAGCCGUAGGAUUAAAAAUAGCCGUUAGUUUGUUAAAUAGCUAAUCUUUUAGUUAGCUUUGUACAGUAGCUUUUACACAAUUCCAUUCCAAUAUUCCAAGAAGAAAAUUCUCUUCAAGAUUCGAAAUCUCCAAGUUCUUAAUCCUCAACGCCUCAUUCAUCUAAUCCCAACAGAAAUGGAAACUGAAAGCAUAGAGCAGAAAUCCAAAUGCAAAUAAUAUGCAUGCAAACAUCUCAUCUCAUAUCCACUCUCAACCGUAGCUGCAAAUCCAUCGCUCACAUCCACCAAGUCCACGCUCAGGCCAUCACCAGAGGCCUCUUCUCUCUCCACCCCUCUCUUCUUCUCUCUCACAUCCUCCAUUCCUUCACCUCUUCACUCCGACAACACUCCACUACCACCAAUCAUGACCACACCAUUUACUUCACCAGGAUUUUCACUCUCAUCCCAAACCCCUCAGCUUUCAACUACAACACCAUCAUCCGAGCACACACCGCCCUCCGCUCUUCCCGCGCCGCCUUAAAUUUCUUCCUCCAAAUGCGCCGGACACCCGUCGCGCCCGAUUUCCACACUUUCCCCUUCGUACUCAAAGCUUGCGGGGCUCUGCAAAACUCGCUUCCGCUUGCGAGGGCUCUCCACGCUCAAAUCGUGAAAUUAGGGUUUUUGAUUGAUGUGUUCGUGCGCAAUUCGAUAUCUUCCGCAUACUGCAGGUUUGGCGAUGUUGAUGGGGCGAAAGGGGUUUUUGAAGGAAGCUUGUUGAGGGAUGUCGUGAGUUACAAUGUGAUGAUUGAUGGGUUUGUUAAGGCUGGUGAUAUUGCUCUUGCUCGGGAACUGUUCGACGAAAUGCCUGAACGAAAUGCCGUUUCUUGGGGUACCCUUUUGGCUGGCUAUGCGAAGCUGGACCUGCCCGCUGAGGCUAUUGAAUUGUUUGACAGUAUGAUUGAUUUGCAGGUGCGAUUCGACAACGUUGCUCUGGUUUCGGUGCUCUCUGCCUGCUCCCAGCUCGGAAAGAUGGAGAAAGGUAAAGAGAUACACAAAUACAUAGAGAGAAAUGGGAUUGAGCUGGACGCCUAUAUAGGAACCGCGUUGGUUGAUCUCUACGCAAAAUGCGGGCUGGUUGAAACGGCUAAGGAGGUUUUCGCUUCGUGUCGCGAGCAGAAUGUUGCUCUGUGGAAUGCGAUGCUCAUGGGAUUCGCCAUUCAUGGCGAUGGCUCAUCACUUCUCCGUUAUUUUACAAGAAUGGUAGAAGACGGGAUGAAGCCGGAUGGGGUGACGAUUCUGGGCGUUCUGGUUGGAUGCAGCCACUCGGGGAUGAUCAGCGAGGCUAAGAGUAUUUUCGCAAAGAUGGAGAGCGCGUAUGGCGUUCCAAGAGAGCUGAAGCACUACGGAUGCAUGGCGGAUCUUCUGGCGCGCGCAGGGAUGAUAAGAGAGGCUGUGGAGAUGAUAAGGGGGAUGCCGAUGGGAGGGGACGUGUUCGUGUGGGGAGGGCUGCUGGGAGGGUGCAAGAUACACGGAGACGUGGAGGUGGCUGAGGAGGCUGCGAAGCAUGUGAUGAGGGUGAAGCCGGAAGAUGGCUCGGUGUACUCUGUUUUGGCGCACAUGUACGCGAAUUCGGGGCGUUGGGACGACGUGGUGAACGUGCGGAGGUUAAGAGAGAGGAGAUGGGGGAUCAGGAAGAGCGCUGGGUGGAGCUUGAUCGAGCUGGAUGGGAUGGAGCAUGAAUUUGUUUCUGGGGAUUGCUUGCAUCCCUGCACCGAGGAGAUAUACUUGGUUUUGAAUGGUUUGCAGCUGCAUCACUACGAACAACUCUAAGAGAAACAUUUAGUUGGUGUGAUUGAUGAUUUUGUGUCAGGACUCAGGACAAAUGUUGAUAACUCCCAUGUUUUCGUUAACGAGGUAACUAUUGCAUUGCCAAAUGGAGAUAGAAAGCAUUUACAUAAUUACAUAAAUCAAAGGCAUGCUCUGACAGGGUGAUACGAGUCUUAUACUAUUAUUAUUUAGUUUAGAUAUAUUAGGGAUUUGCAUAUCUUUUUCUAUAUUUUUGUUUUCUUGUUCAUUAAGUCAGUAGCAUUAUAAAUAGGAGUUAUUGUUAUCACUUUAUUCAUUCAAUCAAUAUAUGAAAUUAUCAUUCUUUUGGCUCAAUUGAGUAGCAAACAAGAAACAUCUCCUAAGGCUGCCGAUGAGUAAAUCUCGCGCUCAGCUGCCCUUUUUUGCCGUCCAAGUCACGACCCAACGUUGGGCGCUCGACAACGACGACA